AUAGUCAUUUCGGCUUCCGUCGACGUUAACGCAACUCGUGACGUCGGCAUAACAACAAGCUGUCAUGAUCGCUCACCGGACAGAAAUUGAAUCCAGCAAAAUUUCAUAACGAAUCUUUUAAAACCUGCUUUGUUUAGAUGUGACGCGUCUCUCCGAAGUGUUCGAGAUCCAGGCGGGACAGGGCGUUCUUAAAGCCUGUCAGCUUCGCCAGCCGAAGAGACGGGGAACAGGAUUGGGAAGCAGGGCGAGGCGGGCCCCGCGGAGCCGGUGGAGAAGAUGGCCGGCAGCCCGGAGAAGAGUUCCACCGCGCAGGAGCUGAAGGAGCAGGGGAAUCGCUUGUUCCUCUGCCGCAAGUACCAGGAGGCUGCUACAUGCUACAGCAAAGCUAUAAACCGGAAUCCGUCCGUGGCAGUGUACUACACCAACAGGGCUCUCUGUCAUGUGAAGCUGCAGCAGCACGACAAGGCUUUGGCAGACUGUAAGCAUGCCCUGGAGCUGGACAGCCAGUCAGUCAAGGCCCACUUUUUCCUGGGUCAGUGUCACCUGGAACUGGAGAACUACGACGAAGCCAUCGGGAACCUGCAGAAAGCGUACAAUUUGGCAAAAGAACAGAGGCUGAACUUUGGAGACGACAUCCCCAGCGCCUUACGAAUCGCUAAGAAGAAGCGUUGGAACAGCAUUGAGGAGAAGCGCAUCAACCAGGAGAACGAGUUGCACGCCUACUUAAGCAAACUCAUACUGGCUGAGAAGGAGCGAGAACUUGAAGACUACAAGGAAAAGCAGGACGACGAUCAAAAUGGAGGCGACGCGGCCAAGAUUGCAUCCAAACACGACAAGUACCUAAUGGACAUGGAUGAGCUCUUCUCUCAAGUGGACGAGAAAAGAAAAAAACGUGAGAUCCCAGAUUAUCUCUGUGGAAAGAUCAGCUUUGAACUGAUGAGGGAGCCAUGCAUCACACCGAGCGGGAUCACCUACGACCGCAAGGACAUCGAGGAGCACCUACAGCGAGUGGGGCAUUUCGACCCGGUCACUCGAAGCCCCCUGACCCAGGACCAGCUAAUCCCCAACCUGGCCAUGAAGGAAGUGAUCGAUGCCUUUAUCCAGGAGAAUGGUUGGGUGGAGGACUACUAGAGUUGGAAGCCCACCCCUUGCCCACCCGUCUCCCAUUUCUCCAUCUUAAA